AUGUCUGAGGAUAUUGAGCUGAGGUUCCGGCAUACCUCUGGAGACAUUGGACCCAUUAAGUGUGCGGGGACAAUGAGUGUGGAGGCAGUCAAAGAAAGGCUUUUACCAGAGUGGCCGAAAGAGGGACCAGUGCACGCCGACCAACCCACCAGCAUAACAGACCUGAAGCUUAUACUGGGAGGAAAGUUCUUGGAAAAUGGAGAAAUCUUGAACGAUCUGAGGCCAGCAAUGGGGGAGAUUAAGGUUGACACAGUGGUGACAAUGCACGACCAAGCUCGAAGGAGAAAGAACGCCAGCAAGGGUGCUAUUGCCUUCUUCAAUGAUACCAGCAGCAGUCCUAGCAGCUCAGUGCCUGGCAUUGGAAUGAGAGACUUGCACUGGAAGUGCACGAGAAAGUUUUGCCCACCUCGCCAUCAGCCAGUAGGAGCACGGGACUACUGCCGCUAG